AUGGAGGCGGUUGACCGUCUACUACGAGAUAUUCGUAGUGAUGACAGACAUUUUGGAGGUGUAACAAUUGUUUUGGGUGGAGAUUUUCGACAGACUUUACCGAUGGUCUCGAACGCAGGUCGUGAACAAACUGUUGGAGCAUUUAUAAGAAGUUCAUUUCUUUGGGAUUAUAUUAAUGUCUUGACACUAAACCAAAAUAUGCGAUUGGAACAACAACCAGAAAAUUUGGAAUUUGCUAACUUCUUACUAGAGAUCGGGACGAACCCUAAAGAAGUUGUUAACCUACCAUCGACAAUGAACAAAUGUCAAAACAUACAUGAGAUGAUAUCUUCAGUGUACCCGCUCCUGGGAAAGGAUAGACCAAUGUCAACAGAAUACUUAACCGAGAGAAUUAUUUUAUCUCCACGUAAUGAAGAUGUCCAUAAGAUUAAUCUGGAGGCAUUAGGAAAUUUGCAGGGUGAGGCUUAUACAUAUCUUGCUGCUGACAAGAUGAUUCGGGAUGACCACGGAAGGGAUUCAAGGUUCACAACCGAAAUUCUCAACAAUUUGAAUCCACCAGGAUCACCUCCAUUUAAGCUAGACAUUAAAGUUGAAUGUCUUGUUAUGUUAUUGAGAAAUCUUGCACCAAAAGAAGGUAUGUGUAAUGGUACUAGACUGGUGGUCACGAGGUGUGGACGAUAUGUGAUUGAAGCUAAAAUCAUAACAAGGGAAAAGGCUGGUGAGAUAGUAUUCAUCCCAAGAAUAACUUUUCAACCUUCACCUUCGGAGCUAGACAUACAAAUGGAAAGACGCCAGUUUCCCAUACGUGUUGCAUAUGCAAUGACGAUUAACAAAUCACAGGGACAAUCAGUGAAGUAUGUGGGCAUCGAUUUACGCACACAAUAUUUAGCCAUGGUCAACUUUAUGUGGCAUUGUCUAGGUGUACUGUUGUUAGAAGAAUAA